AUGAAAGAAUCUGGGGUGAUUAAUGAAGAAAAUAUUGAAGAAUCAAAAGUGGCUCUAGCUUACGGCCAGAUGAAUGAACCACCGGGAGCUCGAAUGAGAGUUGGUUUGACUGCCUUAACAAUGGCGGAAUAUUUCCGAGAUGUUAUUAAACAAAACAUACUUCUAUUUAUUGACAAUAUUUUCCGUUUUGUCCAAGCAGGAUCCGAAGUCUCAGCCUUAUUGGGUAGAAUGCCUUCCGCCGUCGGUUAUCAACCCACCCUGAGUACUGAAAUGGGCGCUUUACAAGAAAGAAUUACUUCUACCAAAGAAGGGUCCAUAACUUCUAUUCAAGCAGUUUAUGUACCUGCAGACGAUUUAACCGACCCUGCCCCUGCUACGACAUUUGCACAUUUAGAUGCUACUACCGUACUAUCAAGGGGAUUAGCUUCCAAAGGUAUCUAUCCGGCAGUAGAUCCGUUAGACUCAACUUCAACCAUGCUUCAACCUAGGAUCGUUGGUGAGGAACAUUAUGAAACUGCACAAAAAGUUAAGCAAACCUUACAACGUUAUAAAGAGCUUCAGGACAUUAUAGAUGUCCUUGGAUUGGAUGAAGUAUCCGAAGAGGAUCGUUUAACAGUAGCAAAAGCUCGAAAAAUUGAGCGUUUCUUAUCAUAA